AUGAGCGGUCCCCCUCCGCCGCCUCCGCCUCAUGGCGGAGUGCCAAAGGGUUCUGGCUUGCCUCCGGGAAAAUAUGACAUCUUCGUUAUUCCCGAGCACUCCUCUGGAGGCGGAUUCUUGUACCUACCAUCCAUGCAACCGAAUGUGAACAGUUUCGCAGCUGGAUUCGCUUCAGCUCUGAUCCUCGUGGUCCUUGGCCAGACUUUGGCGCCUGCUUUCCGUACGUGGUGGGAGGGCUUCCAUGGAUUAGGAAACAUGGCAAUGGCAAUGCUGGUUGUGGGCGUUGGCUUCGGUGCAUGGGCUCUUGGUCGUUUCCAAAAUCAGGAUAAGGGGUUUCCAGGUACUGGAGGUGGUUUUAGCGGCCCAGGAAAUUCUGGCCGUGAUAACCAAGGCGGAUGGAGUUCGGGCUUCCGUUCAGCAAAUGCUGGAGCGCCCCCUCCUCCUCCCCCUCAUGGCACUCCUCCUCCACCACCUCCUCAUCAUGAUACACCCCCAAGGCCACCGCCUCAUGAUGGUCCCAAGACAUCUUGGCAUGACUCGCCACAUUCAGAACGGCCCCCUCCUCCUCCGCAGCCAGAGCCUCAACCCACUUCGCGAGAUGAACCCGAGCCACCUCGACCACCUCCUCAGGCUCGCCCACCUCAACCACAGACGCCUCCUGAGACGCCACCCCCGAAACCGAAAUCGAAGAAGUCCAGAUCCAAACCAAAAGACCCUCCAAGAGAUCCUCCAAGAGAGCCGUCACCUCCACCAAAGCCUCGCGCUGAGAGCCCCCCUCCUCCACCAAAGCCCAAAGCUAAACCGGAACCCAAGCCUGAACCCAAACCAGAGCCAGAGGCAGAACCAGAGCCGGCUCCUGCACCCAAAGCUGAAAAGUCUGAGCGUGAAAAGCAAAAGGGUUCAUGGGAAAAGGCCCGCGAGGAGAUGAGGAAGAAGGAAGAAGAGCGCAAAGUCAGGGAAGCCGAGCAAAAACGACGUGAAGAGGCCGCAAAGAGACUUGCUGAGCUAAGGGCGAAGGACGCUAAGGAACGACAAGAAAGAGAGAAAGAGAGGCAGCGCAAGGAGCAAGAGGCUCGUGAUAAGAAGGAGCGCCUCGAAGCUGAACAGCGGGCCAAGGAACUUGCCAUCAAGCUUGAGGAAGAGCGAAGAGAACGGGAACGCCUGGAGAAGGAAGCUAAGGAAGCCCGUGAGCGAGAAGCACAACGAGAAAAGGAGGCUCGCGAACUUGAGGAGAGGAAGAAAAGGGAAGCCGAAGAGCGCGAAGCAAGACGAAAGAAGUUUGCCGCUGAACGAGAGGCUUUGAGGAAGAAGGAGGCCGAGGAGGCUAAGCGACGAGAAGAAGAGAAGAAACAAAAGGAGCUGGAGAAACAGCGAGAGCAGGAGAGAUUAGAGAAGGAGAAGGCUGAGAAGGAGAGGAUCGAGAGAGAAAAGGCCGAGAAAGAAAAGGCUGAAAAGGAACAGGCUGAAAGAGAAAGAGCUGCAAGGGAAACUGCUGAUCGACAACGUAUGAGUUAUGCCUACUCAGGCGUUGGCGAGAAGAUCAGCAUGUGGCCCAACGGUCGCCCACCGGCCGCACCCAAGUCAACAACCUCUUCUACUUCCAAGCCCCCUCCAAGCGCCGCUUCUUCUCAACGAAAACCUGGUCCUGUUCCGUCUGCCGCCAAGUCCAACGUUUCUGGUGUCAGCACGGAGAACUCGUAUCGGCCCUACGACAAGCCCAAGCAGCAACCGAAGCGUAGAGGCUCUGUAUCUUCGCUUGGUUCUGAAUCGUCGUGGGCGGCAUCGCAGACUACUGGUCGAACAACGCCGCCCCUUUCGACACGUGCUGGUCCCUAUUCAACCAAGGAUCCUGACAAGAUUGUCAUCUCAGGUGUUUACCUUUUCAUGAACCAAUUCUCCAAGACGCCCGCUAGCCAGCUUAUCUCGGGUGUGGGAACUGUGACCGACGGACUGAUCCUCCGUGUGACAACCGAAGGCCUUUUUAUCGAUGAUGACGUCCGAAAUGUACCACAGCGGGAAUGGGACGUCAAAACUUGGACGCUGAAACAAGUAGAGGUAUGGUGCCCCCCGCAUUGCUUGAAAUCGCCUGCUGCUUCUUCCCCCGCCCCCGGUACCAAACCGAACCCUUUGCUUUACAAAAUGGCCUCGUCUCGAGCACGCGAUCGUGGAGCAACUCAACCUCUCGUAGGUGAAGAAGCCGACGUUUACCUGACCGAGAUGCUGCGCGCAUGCAAAACUUGUUGUCGCCUUGGUUUAUGCAAUCGUACAUUUCGAGAUACUAACAUUACGUCUUCGACUGGCCAGACUGGAGAGUGGAAAUCCAAAGGCCUUCACCUACUACGGGCCACGAACCGAGAAGGAAAACGAUACCUGUUCGUUAUCGACGAGUCGGAGAGCUGGAAGAUUACCACCGGGCUCCAGCGUCUUCGAAAGAGCCCUCUUGCCCAACAGCUUGCAGUCAGCGGCAUGGCAGCUUCAGAUGCUCGAGGAACUCUCGAGAUGCUGGGCUGGGCCUAA